AUGUUGGCGUUCAGACAACCUCUCGCUCAGCACUUGCCAGAUGCCACCCUGUGCGCUAUUUCACUAGAAUCAAGCGGGCUGCUUCGAAACUUCGAGAACAUCCCAUCCCUACAGCCUGCAAUCAUUGCCAUAGCAGCCCUCAUGGUGCCAUUUGUUAUUACCAUCACGGCGGGACGGCUGUAUGUUAAUCGGCAUUCUUUCAAGCUGGCAGACUACUUCGUGGCGGUAGGCCUGAUCCUCGACCUCGUGUUCACCGGUGUCCUCCUUGCAGGUCUGGUCUCCGGGCCGGCCCUCUUCUUCCCUAAAGCAGCCAUCUUUCUGUUCUACCUCCAGCUUUUCUCUGUCAACAAGUCGGUGAGAAUCGGCUCCAAGAUUGGCCUAGUCAUGGCUUUCCUGGCGUAUUUCCCACCAAGUCUGGUCCUUUGUUAUUUCAACGCACCACACAUGGGACAGAGCUGGGAUGAUCUACUAAUCUCAGGGAUGCCAGAGAAAGGCCUCCCCGUUGGUGACACGGUCGGUGUUGCGGGUGUCGUAGCCAGCGUAAUUUCCCUGGCCUACCGGAUCAAACUGCUCGGACUUGGCGACAGUGCAGGCGGUGUUGCUAUUGCAAUCAUUGUCGAAAAUAAUGUUGCAAUCAUAGUCGGGUCUUUGCCAGCCUUUGCCAACUUCCUCCGCCUACACGUAUCCGAAACCGCCUUCUACAAGUCACUGAGAUCUAGACUCGGCAGCGGGAGCAAGGGCCAAAUAUCGGACUUCAAGCAGAAAGACUCAUGGCAAAAGCGAACACUGCGGACAUUUGGCUCGCCUCAGAAACAUCAUCCGCGAUAUCAUGAGCUUUCUGAUUCAGUUAUUCACAUGUCUCAAGUCACCGUACCAGAAGAGGCCUUUGUCCCGAGACGUGAAAGUGACCAGGGGAUAUAUCGAACCGUGGGAUUCUCACAGGAAGAGCAUACCCGUCAGUCGUGGGAGAGACUGGUUUGA